AUGGCAAAGCAUCUGCUACCCGUCGAUCCAGACACGGAAUCCGUCGCUCAGCAACCACAGAAAAAAAGGAAGAAGAAGCAGCACAAGUCCGACCAGGAGAAGACCGCGACGCCGCGAGACGAAACUCAAGAAUGUUCGCUCAAUGGUGACAAUGAUGGCGACAGUACUUCAAUUUCUGGCUAUGUCCCCUCUGCGGAUCUUCUUUCUCUCCCUCAGUCUUCUAUAGACGAAUUUCUUAGCACGAAUUCCAUCAAAGUCGCAAGCUCAAGCGAAGAACAGAAUGCUCGUCCGAUUCUAUCCUUCUCAUACCUUCCGAAGCGAUCGGAUAGCCUAUAUCGCCCUUUGGAAAAUUUCUCAAAGCCAACUCCUAUCCAGGCCGUUUCCUGGCCUUUCGCAUUUUCCGGCCGGGAUGUUAUAGGUGUCGCGGAAACAGGCAGUGGGAAGACCCUCGCCUUUGGCUUGCCAUGCUUGCGCAAAGUCCUGGAGUUGAAGCGUACGCGGAAACCUCGAAGGCCAUCCUCAGUUAUAAUCACUCCUACCAGAGAGCUUGCGAUGCAGAUCUACGAUGAACUGCGGAAAUUUACGGCCACUACAGAACUGGGCAUUGCCUGCAUCUAUGGCGGAGCGCCUAAAGAACGACAACGCCAGGAGAUUAAAGCUGCGUCAAUUGUUGUGGCAACUCCCGGAAGGCUAAAGGAUUUGCAGAGCGACCAAUCUAUUGAUCUGUCAAAGGUCAAAUUUCUUGUGUUAGACGAAGCAGACAGGAUGUUGGACAAGGGCUUUGAGCAAGAUAUCCGAGAUAUUAUCGGCGCGAUGCCCUCUACAAAGAAACGUCAAACGAUUAUGUUCACUGCGACCUGGCCUACUAGUGUGAGGAACCUAGCAACUGCUUUUACCAAACACCCAAUUACUAUCACUGUUGGGGAAAGCGAUUCAUCAGAUAUCCGCGCAAACGAGCGUAUCAAACAGGUUGUGGAAGUUUUGAAACCACAUGAGAAAGAUAAUCGCCUGAUAGAACUCUUGCGUAAGUAUAAUGGAGGCAAGAAGAGUAAUGAUAGGAUUCUGGUUUUCUGUCUUUACAAAAAGGAGGCGAUGCGGGUUGAACGUUUCAUUCGUUCUAAAGGGUUCAAAGUUGCUGGUAUACAUGGUGAUAUGAACCAGACCGAUCGAUUCAGUAGCCUUGAAGCCUUCAAGAGUGGCUCUACAAGUCUCUUGGUUGCAACGGAUGUAGCAGCCCGAGGUUUGGACAUCCCUGCUGUGAAACUCGUAUUGAAUGUCACAUUUCCCCUAACAGUAGAGGACUAUGUACAUCGUAUUGGAAGAACUGGUCGUGCUGGUGCUGAAGGAUUGGCGAUUACCCUCUUUACAGAACACGAUAAAGGCCUGUCAGGACCUUUAAUCAAUGUCCUACGAGCAGCGAAACAGGGUGUACCCGAGUCCCUCCUUAAGUUCGGCGCUACUGUUAAGAAGAAACAACACGAUUCUUAUGGGGCUUUCUUCCGCGACGUAGAUACCACCAAAGUUGCCUCAAAGAUUACGUUUGAUGAUUGA